GGAGGAGAAGAGGAAGAAGAGAGAUAGCGCUUACUCAUACCGACACUAUUGACUCUAACAUUAAGCUCUGUUCACGAGGAAUCAAAUAAUGUUUUAUUCUCCUUCCGUGCUCUCUCCCUAAUCCAACGGCCUAUAUUCUUUUCCUACGCCAAAUCUGAAUCGUCACCCUCUAUUCACAGAUCCAUACGCGCCCCAUCUUUUCUAACACGAAAAUAUCAUCGUCCUCAGGCUCUCAGAUCUAACCCAAAACACAGACGUACUCUUGCUGGUUCUUUCUUUUUUUAUCGAAGCACAGGGGGAGGACUUGUUUUUUUUUUUUUUUUUUUCUAUUACCCAUUUCGCCCCUUUGGCCGGAGAUGGUGGAGGCACAGACAUGGACGACGAGAAGAAUGAGCAACCCUAGGCUGGAUGCCAACUCCACCACUGUCGCUACUACCACUGACCAAGUUCUUGAUAUUCCAGCAACCCCACCUAGCGAUGCCCGGAAUAAUGCUUACUCCACUGCCGGGUCGUAUUUCUCUCCCAAUACUUUAACGGCAUUGAUCAUUGCUUCAUGGUAUUUCUCCAACAUUGGUGUUCUGCUCCUCAACAAGUACCUCCUCAGCUUCUAUGGCUACCGCUAUCCGAUAUUCCUAACAAUGCUGCACAUGGUUUCUUGCGCUAUUUAUAGCUAUGUGGCUAUAAAGUUUCUUGAAAUAGUGCCGUUGCAGCAUAUUUUAUCCAGGAGGCAGUCCUUAAAGAUCUUUGCUUUAAGUGCAAUUUUCUGUUUUUCUGUGGUUUGCGGUAAUACUUCUUUGAGGUACUUGCCAGUGUCGUUUAACCAAGCUAUUGGAGCAACUACGCCAUUUUUUACUGCAAUUUUUUCUUUCAUAAUAACGUGCAAGAAGGAAUCCGCUGAGGUUUAUUGUGUGCUUUUGCCUGUGGUUUUUGGGAUUGUUUUGGCUAGCAACAGUGAGCCUCUGUUUCAUUUAUUUGGGUUCUUGGUCUGUGUUGGUUCUACUGCUGGGCGUGCUUUGAAGUCUGUGGUUCAAGGGAUUCUAUUAACCUCAGAAGCUGAGAAGCUCCAUUCUAUGAAUUUGUUGCUCUAUAUGGCACCAAUGGCUGCUUUGAUUUUGUUACCAUUUACCCUUUACAUAGAAGGAAAUGUAGCAGCAAUCACAAUUGAGAAAGCGAGAGGAGAUCCUUUUAUUGUGUUCUUGUUGGUUGGCAAUGCAACGGUGGCUUAUUUGGUGAACUUAACAAAUUUUUUGGUGACCAAGCACACGAGUGCCCUGACUCUGCAAGUGCUAGGCAACGCAAAGGCUGCGGUGGCUGCUGUUGUAUCGGUCUUGAUCUUUAGGAAUCCGGUGACUGUGAUGGGAAUGACAGGAUUCGCAGUUACGAUCAUGGGCGUGGUGCUUUACAGUGAGGCAAAGAAGAGAUCCAAGGUGACAACCCAUUGAAAGAUAAAAGCUAAAAAGAUUCAUUUUGAUUGCCACAAACAAUGGUGCGGCUCUUUCUUCUCUUUUUGCUUUACUUUUCCCUUUAAUUCUUCGGUUCAAUACAUUUUUAAUGGAAGGAAAGAGGAGAAUUUUGAUAAAUUGGAUUGUACAGGACAGUGGAACAAAAGGGUAAUGGUUAUGCUCUUUUUCCAUCUUUAUUUUAUUUUUUUGGCUUUGAAUUGUAAUUGUUGGGGGUGGUUAUUGAGAAUAAAAUUCUCUAAACUUUUUUCCCUAUGUGUAACCUUAUAUAUUGAAUUCGCUGCAAUUGAACGCAAAAUAACUGAUUCAGAAUUCA